AUGUAGAAUAACUAUGAGACCUCACCUCAGUUCCCUUAAAUGGAGUUUGGCAGUAAAUCAUGUGCGUAAGCAGCAACAUUCUUCAGCAAAUGUUAACCGAUUCGUCUACUUGACGCAAGGUCCUACCAGCUGUGCACGCACGGAGCAGCUCGAGCUUCUUUCACCAUCGAGUAUGAGCAUCCUCAUCAUCGGACAGGAUUUAAGAGCGCGUUCUAAAACUCGUUGGGAUGUUUUUAUCGCAUUUGGAUUCAUAUGAUUUUAAAUGUAAUACAGAUUUUUUUAAAACCACAUCAAACCAACUAGCCGAUUCACUUCAACUCCAGUCUUUAACUCUGAGAAAACCUUUUAAGUCUAAAGAUGUCACUGAUGUUUGGGAAAGCAAGGAGUUGUAACUUCUCUGCUAUCCCUGAGGGGGGACAACCUGAGGUCAAUGUGGUCAUCCUUGGAGUGAAGGGCUCAGGAAAAUCAGCGUUGACUGUCAAAUUUCUCACCAAGCGCUUCAUCAGUGAAUAUGACCCCAAUCUAGAGGAUACUUACUCUUCUGAGGACAUGGUGGACCAACAGCCUGUCGUUGUGAAAGUUAUGGACACAGCUGACCAGGACGGCCCAGUGAACUGUGAGCGCUACCUCUCGUGGGCCAGUGCCUUCCUUGUGGUCUACAGCAUAGACAAUAGACGGAGCUUUGAGGGCUGCCAACAGUACCUGGAGGCCGUCACCGUCCACACCAAGGCCCUGCAGCCCAAGACCCCCAUUAUACUGCUGGGCAACAAGCUGGACAUGGAGAGAUACAGGCAGGUGAGUAAGUCGGACGGCUCGGCCCUCGCCACCCGUUUCGGCUGCCUGUUCUUCGAGGUGUCUGCUUGCCUGGACUUCCUGUCUGUCCAGCGGGUCUUCCAUGAAGCCGUUAGGGAGGCCAGGCAGCUGGGCGGCAAAAGGAGCCCCCCGUUACGUCCCCUUUACAUCAGUGAGGACAACAAGCCAUUGUUCAGCCUCGCCACCGUGCCCCCGUUCACCACCCCCUGCUACAAGGAGCUCCCAGUGCCCGCCACCGCCAAGCUGGUGACGGUCAAGUCGUCACGGGCACAGAGCAAACGGCGGGCACCCACGCUGACGCUGCUCAAGGGCUUCAAGAUCUUCUGAUGAGUCGAUGGAGAAUGAGACCAGACUUAAAGAAUGGAAAUUUGAGACUUGUCUCAAACUUGUGCUCAAAGACUUGAAACUUAUGCUCAAACCUUGAGACUUAACUUGGACUUGUGCCAGAGACUUGAGACUUGACUGAGUGUCUCAGGCUCGAAGACUUGACUCAACCUGGACUUUCCUAAAGUGACUUAUUGACAAGUCUGCCAUAGUGGAGCCAGAAUAACAUACAACCAAGCCAUCAACAUACUGUAUGCAGCAGAAGCUGUCAUGGUGAUAUCACCUUCGUUGGAGCGUGUAUUAAAACAUCAUGAUGACUUACUGCACCUUCAAGUGAGGAGAAGGAACAGUAAUUAUCAGAGCUCCUUGAGAGAUGGACAGUAAUGGACUGGUGUUUAAACUGUCAUUGUGAAUGUUGAAUUUAUAUUGCCAAAGUUUUCAAAGUUUGUCUUGAAGUCAGUUACUGGGACAAAGCUAUGUUAGUUGCCAAAUGUAUUGUGGUGAUUGGAGUGCAUAUGACGGUGAUGGUGUGUUCACUGUAGUAUAGAUUGCUGACACUAUGCACAUGUAUUUUUAUAUACAUUUUAAUAAGCUUUAAAGGAAAACUAAUUUUAUCGGUUGAAGACAUAUGUUGUUCAUGUAGAUACAUGUUUUAAGUUAUUUGAUGUUAUAACACAAAGUAGCAAGUCAAUCUGAGUAAAAGGCCCAGUGCAGUCAAAAUUCAGUUUUUCUGUGUUUUAUAUUGUACAACAGUUGAUGAAACUAACACUGUAAAAGUGUGAAAAAAUGUUAUCAGUGUAAUUUCCUGAUAGGUGCUGGUUUCUAAUCAGCAGGUUUGCAUGGCCGGGAGUUUUGGCUUUCCAUGGGGACAUCACCAUGCUAUAAAUUGGUUCAUAGACAAAUAACAAAGACAGUUCCAAACAUCUCUGCCAAUAACAGCUAGUUUUCAAUUUUCCCCUCCCAUCUCAGACCACUCCCAGACAGUCUGAGCGAAAUUCUUGCUUGAGAAAUAUGUUUUUGCUAAAAAAGCAUUUUUUGCCAAUUUGAAUGGAAAUCUAUUACAGUAAGGUACUUAAUUGCUACCCAGUAAUGAUUUGAUAUUGAUAUCAAAACAACUGCAUUGGGGCUUUAACUUCAUAUAUACAUCGUUUUCACGAGUUGUGGGCGCCCUCCUCAGGCUCAUCAGUGUAACAACGGUUUCAUUUUUUAUAACUUAAAACACAGUUUUAUACUAUUGUAUGCUAAUGCCAUCCCAACCAAAAUUACAAAACAGAACUAUUUUGAUAUGAACAGUUUUAUUUCCUUAUUGUAAAUACUGCAAUUGUUGGAAUGCUUUUAUAACACAAUGAAAAUCUAUCUUACAUAUGGAGAGGUGGUGUGAUGACAAAAGUUAACCCACUGAAUUCUGUUUUCUAUCCAAAACAUCUAUAUGUGAAUACUCUCUCACAAGAGCGUUCCACUAUACUCACAGCAAGAUCAUUCCAGUUGUAUUAUAUUAGGAUCCCCGUUAGCUGAUGUCAUGACGUCGGCUAAUCUUCCUGGUGGCCAGCAUUAUAACUAAAAAUACUUUACAAAUAGAAUUACAAAAGAGAUGUAUAAAGAUAAGUUUGAUCUUCCAAUCUUAAUGUUAUCUCAGACCAUGUUUAGUUGCCUUUUAGUGUUUCCCAAGUAGAUUACACAUGAACAGCUUAUGACACAUGGUUUAUAAGUGUUCCUACAUACUGUCAAGAGACAUAGGAAAACUUUUCACUGCACUAUAAACAACACGUUGCACUUCUUCAUGACCAAAAAACAACAUUUACUAACUAUUUGGUAUCCCAAAUAGUUGGUUGCGAUGUUUCGACGGCCAGCAAUGUUUACAGUAGAUGUAUAUUCCAUUGCUGAAACUGCAAACAACAAAGUACUUGUGAAUGAUGACUGUGAUACUGCACAUCUUGUACACAGCAUUAUUUGUAGUAGUUGUAUACCCUUUUCA